CAGCCUUCAAGGAUACUGUGCUAAAACCUGUCAGUGGCAGACUACCACAUAUGUACUGAAUCUUGCAUACAUAAAGGAUUACCUCUCUCUGGCCUGGUCAUUAUCCUUGAGAAACUGUUCAAAACUUAGGAAAAUGGUCUAAAAAUACUUUGAGGGAGAUUUAGUGGUUCAACAAGUGACGCUCUAAUGGAUGACAGAGAAUUUCCACCAAAUGAGGUACAAAUAGACUCAAAGGACAGUCUUCCUGCUGACUAUAGGGUGGAAAGUUUGGCAUCUCAUUUGGUUUCUUCAGCUGAUGAAAAUGAAAAUCAACUUGACAGCGAUGGGAAUGAGGUUCUGACCAGUCGUAGCAUUGCAAUGGGACAGCAGCAUAAUGAUGAGCAGGACAGCAUCAAUAAUAAUGAGAAUAUGGACACUGGAGACUGUACACCGAGCUGUAAGGAAAGUGAGACUGAGAGGAGAUCUGCAAAUGUCCAUAUGGACACCCAGCUGGAGGAAAAGCCUAUUACAGAAAAGCAGCCAUGCGGGAAAAGAAGUCCAAGAAGCAAAAGAAGCUCCACUAAAAAAUCUAAAGGAGUUUCUACAGUGGGAACCGCAGCAAUCAAGGAGGAAAAUACUCUUAUUAGAGAUACAGAUUUUGUGCAUGCUGAAGGUGCUGUUGAAGCAAAUGAAAACUUUCACCAAAGAGAACAAAAACAAACGUUGCAGUCUCUUUUCUCUUUGCUCCGUGAGGAGGUUGAGCAGAUGGAUUCAAAGAUACUUCCCCUGUGUCUCCAUCAGAUAGCUGAGACCUAUUUUCAAGAGGAGGAAUAUGAGAAGGCAAUGAAGUUCAUCCAGCUUGAACGACUGUAUCAUGAGCAGCUGCUUGCAAAUCUUUCUUCCAUACAGGAGCAGUGGGAACGAAAAUGGAAAACAGCAGUUCCUAGUCCAGUAACGACAGUGAAGAACUCUGCUAAAGAACUGAGUGGUGAAGAGCUGGAAAAGCUUUCUAUAGUUUGCUCUUCACAUCAACAGCCACAGGUAUCCAAAAAUAAGCUAGUAGCUGCAGAAAAUACAUGGGAAAGCAGUUAUUUGCUUCAGCUAAUGGAAUCAAAAAAUGUAAAGGAAAGAGAAGCUGCUGCUUUUAAGUCAGGUACGGAAACUUGUCCUGGCAUCGGACCAAAGAAAGAAGAUAAACAGCUGAGCACUAGUUCUCCAGGUGAAAACAAACUCGAGAGACAGACAGAGGCUGCAAGCCUUUGGGUAGCUGCAGGAAAAGACCACAUGGAGGAGCAGCACUGCAGUGCUGAAUCAACAUUGGAGCCACACACCCAGUCCACAGGGACAGUGGGCCGGCCUUCUUCAGGCUGUUUAUCAUUUGGGAAUGCCGGUAAGGAUAACAGUUUGCCGCUAAGAGAAAGGCAGCUCUCUAAGGAUGCGGAAAAAAUAGAAGGCGCAGGUGGGAAGCCUGGAGUGAAGCUCUCUCCUGAGCCAAUGGUAGAGGCUUUGGUUUUAACAGAUGCUGAUUGUAUGCCUACUGAUUUGGUUCCUACUGAUAAAGAUGUGCAAGCUGAUAGAAAUCUGCCGAGAUCAAAACAUGCUCCUGGCUCUUCAGAAACUGCUAGUGGCCACCUUGGAAAUAGUGAUUUAAAGCAGCAUCAGAAGCAGCAUGAUAACGAUGAUGAAAAAUCUUUGCCGGACAGGACUGUAUCAAAUGUAUGCUCUGGGUGCAAUAAAGUGUCACAGUGUGAGAGUACUGCCCAUUCACAAGUAUGCAAGGAAAUACAGAGAACAACAGGACAGGAGGAGAAGGUAAAUAAUGAAGAACAAGAAGAUUUAUUUCUCAGCUUUUUAAAUGGUAACAUAAUAGACACUGAAGAAUCAUUUGAAAACCAAAAGGACUUCGACACUGUUCCAGCUAUUUCACCUGAACGAGCAUCUUACAACUCACUGGAAACUUUAUCACUAGAUGACAGCUUUUCAUCUCUUGAUGAACUUGCAAGAAGGAUAGAGAUUGCUGAGAUUGCCCCAGCAGAAGGAUUGGUGUCUAUACUAAAGAAGAGAGAUGACAGGGAAGGAAAAGCAGUUGCUCAAGUCCAGCAAAGGCAAACAAAGAGAAGAGUGCGAUUCCAAGAGAUGGAAGACACAUUGGAUCAAGAAGAAGUAGCAGGUGGCUCCUGUAUUUUGCUGAUCCUGCUGUGCCUAGCAACGGUUUUCCUUAGCAUUGGAGGAACUGCACUGUACUGCACCUUUGGUGACAUGGAAUCCCCUGUGUGUACUGAUUUUGCAGCCAACAUGGAUUUCUAUUAUACCCAGAUACUGCAUCGUAUGGAAGAACUUAAACACUGGAUAGCCUUCUCAUAAUCAAAAUGAGCGGAAGCAGCACACUGAGAGGUCACCAGUGGUUACUAGAGAGGGUAGAAAAAAGUUGUGAUUUCAAGUUCUCUAAAUUUUCCACCUGAUGAUGUCCUCACACUCUUACUUAGAAAAUUCUAGUUUAGCAAUCAGGUGGCAAAAUGUUCACAUCUUAAGCUGUAGCAGUGUGGUAUGUGAGAAUACAAAGUUAUUCUCUUUACCCUUUUAAGAGUAGGCAAGUAGCUUUUUGGCAACUUGAGAAAGCAAAGAAGAAAGAAGAAAAUUAACUGUCUUCUGUAUGCUCUCCCAUUGCCACACAUCGUGUAAGCAAUCUCUGGAAGCUUAUUAAAAGGACAGCUUUAAUUGACAGCUGUUUGUGCAAAGGUGUUGCCUCCAGCUAUCAUGCAAUAAGUCUGUGUUUUAUGGAAACAUUAUUUUUCUUCUAAGUCUUUUCUGGUUUUCUCCAUUUUAUUUCUCCUGGUGAACUACGUAAUUAUUUGGGUGGAGUGAGAAGAGUGCAGCAGCAUUCACAGAGCCCUCAUUUGGCGAUUAACAGGCUGACCCUGUAUCUUACAGCUUAUGGUGGAUAUCAUGAGUGGGAUAAAUCUGCUGGCAGAUUUCACUAAAUUUCCUGGAAUUUUACCCCCAGUAUUUUGUGUUCUGUUACUGAAACAGAAGGUUUAAAAAAAAGGAAAACAUUGGCCUCACUAAACACUGAAACAAAAGUAAGAUGUUUAGUAACUUAUUUGUGUUACAUAGUAAAGUGGCUUUGGCCAAUUUUAAAGCACAUGGUACCAGGUGUGGAGCUAACUGGUUUGUCUUUCCAGCUAUCACUGACUUGCAGUAAUCACUUUGUGCCUCAGUUUCUCCUCCAUAAAUGGGGAAUAAUGAUCCUUGCCUUUGUCUGUGAAUAUUUAUUGCAAUUAGGGCUUAUGUCUGAUUCAUCCCAGAUGAGUACACAGGAUCACUGAACUGUGUGGCUGCAGCCUCUCUCAGUGAGCAAAUGCUUAUGUAAAGUGGGACAGAUCCAAGAGAAGAGAUUCGGAGGCUCACUGCUGAUCUGCAGCAUGUUAGUAGCCCAGGGCACUCACUCCAGCAGAUAAAGCACAUCUGCAUCGAUUUACUCUAUGUUUGUGUUGUAAAAUCUGUUAUUUUUCUAUCAGCUAUACAAACAAAUUUAAAUCAGGUCAAAGAGUCCUUUUAAAUAGUUAUUUCUAUCACUUGGUGCUCAGCCCUCCCUGUGUGAUAUGUGAAACGCUGACAUGACCAUGAAGGUCCCACACUCUGGUCAACUAUGGCAACUGUCCUUGCACAGAGCAUAAUGACCUAACCCUGCUGAAGGUGUUAGUGUGAAACGAUUCCUUUACACCUCCAGAAACAGCAUUUUUUGAGAGGUCCACUUCACUCCACUCCAUGAUUUCCUGCUUACUAACGCUGUAUGAUGCAGUGUGUUCAGGUUUAGAAUAUCAUUUUGUAACAUACUAUGAAAUGAAAUCUUGAAGAUAUUGCUCAGAAUUAUAACAUUAAUUGAUCAUGCUUUCUAGCAUUUGCAAGCAAAUUGUCCCUCUAGUGAGCUUGAUUGUUCCUAAUGCACUGUUAUACUUAACAGGUUUUUAAAGUGAAAGUUAAUAUCACGGGG